AUGACGAUACCCAGAAAAAAUCAGCCAUGGACGAUGGUCAAUCGAUUGCAUCCGUUCACUCGUCACAAGGAUCGAAAGAACAUUGCUGUCCUUCUAUUCACUUCAACUUUGUGCGCGAUACCUCAGAUUUUCGGAGCCUUGCGAAUAAAUCACUACUUGUUCCAACAUGGCAUCGAUGAGAUUCUGGCACUCCCACCACCAACAACAUCAAAGCUUGUAUCCACAGAACAUGACAAACAAUCUAAUGAUCGAUCCGCCUUUCCUCCAAUAACUCGAAGACAUAUCAAUGAGACAUUUGGCGCAUGUCUAAUGCUCAAAGAAGACAACGAAUUGCUGUAUGAAUGGCUGGCAUAUCAUUACACGAUACUUCCGCUGCGAUACGUCUUUGUGGCUUCUGACGUUGGCAACCUGCAAGAUCCAGAAGCGGUUCUCGCGAGGUGGAAGACUGCCAAUACUGACCUUGAGUACUGGGUUCAAAAUGCGUCUGAUUUUGCUCAUCGGCAUGGUCACGAAUAUGGCACGGCAAACAGCAUCAAAGAUGUUCAUCAUGCUUUUGUGAACCGACAACGGGCAUUCAUAACAACUUGUACAGAGUUUUUGAAAUCGAAUGGGCUUCAGUGGAUUACAUACUUUGAUUCCGACGAGUUCUUGGUCAUCAAUUAUCUCAAGCCGGAGGAACAGACCGAUACAACAAUAGGAAACGCAGAAAAGAUGGAGCUUCGAAGACUCUUACCCGGCAUACAGACCAACACGACUGUACUGGAAACAAUGAGUGAUCUUGAGACAACACACAACUUGAGCAACUGUCAAACUUUGCCACGCGUCCUCGUUGGAGCAUUGGAGAACUUUACAUGUCCUGACGCUCCAUCAAGGGAAAGCAUAGAAUCAAAAGGCAUUCCAUAUGAUUGGAUGAGUUCCCUUCGGUUUCAUCAGCAUGCUGAAAAGGGUGACUUUGCCAUGUCCAAAUAUGGCAAGGUUAUGAUGAAGGUGUCCGAGUUUUCGGAAGACACCAUUGCAAAAGUUCCGAGCAACAUUCAUCGGCCUUACAAAGAAGAAUGUGGUCGUGCAUUUACCCUCUUUCCCGAUGCUUUAUUUUAUCUUAAUCACUAUAUUGGGAGCUGGGAACGAUACAGUGCGCGAGAGGAUGGCAGACGAAACAGGCAAGAGUGGGAAAAACGUGCCUACAUGACAGCUGGCACAUCGUGCAAAGAUGAAGUCUUUCAAUGGUUUUACCGCUUCGAACAUCUUGUCGGAGUAGAGCGAGCGGCUUAUCUUCUUGGGGGUAACCAUACCAUCGGGGAGUGA